UGCUACGUGUCAGGAAGCUGUAUGCAAACAUGGCGGCGACACAGGGAGAUGUUGACGAGCUCUUCGACGUGAAAAAUGCCUAUUAUAUCGGCAGUUAUCAACAAUGUAUUAACGAAGCUCAGAAAGUGAAGCCGUCAACACCAGAGAAGGAGGUUGAAAGGGACAUGUUUUUGUACAGAGCAUACAUUGCCCAGAGGAAAUAUGCUGUUGUCCUGGAUGACAUCAAGGCCAACUCUCCACCUGAGCUCCAGGCUGUCAAGAUGUUUGCAGAGUAUCGGUCCAGUGAAAGCAAAAGGGAUGCUAUUGUUGCCGAUCUAGACAAGAGCAUGGCGAAGAGCGUGGAUGCUGCCAACACCACCUUCCUCCUCAUGGCCGCCUCCAUCUACUUCCAUGAGAUGAACUGUGACGCCGCUCUCAGGACUCUGCACCAAGGAGAAAGCCUCGAGUGCAUGGCCAUGACCAUUCAGGUGUUGCUGAGUCUGGAUCGUCUGGACCUGGCAAGGAAGGAGCUGAAGAAGAUGCAGGAGCAGGAUGAAGAUGCUACUCUCACCCAGCUGGCCACGGCCUGGGUUAACAUCGCUGUGGUGAGGACGCUACUCACCUACAUCUGUUUAACAUAAUCACCAAACACAUAU